AGAGGUUGUCAUUGCUCGAGAUGACAUUUGGGAUAUUGGGGAGAGUAGGGGGAGGCAGGUUCAGGAUUACUGAAGAGAGCAAGCGACGGGCUAAAGGUACUAGGGGAAGUUCCUGGGGAGAAUUGGAGAUUGGUCAGAGGCCACUGAGAUCUUCAGUGAUCGUCAGGGAUACUGGGGAGAGUUCAGGUGAGUUGAUAGUUGCUCAGAGAUAGUCGCGGUGAGUAUUGCUGGUUAGUUAGCUGGAGAUCUUAGAGAUGGUGGUUCUUCGAGGGUCUUGAGGUGAUUUGCUGAGCAGUUGGAACCUCUGGAAAAAUUGGGUGUUGGGGAGAAUUGGGAUUUGGUCAGACGCCCCGAGAGGGUUUCUGGUUUAUUACGCGUACCGGCAAGCAUUGGUGGCUUCAGAGAUCUUGAACGCUGGGUGGAUGUCCUGGGGAAGGUAAGUGAUUGAAGAGAGGUGCUGGGGUGAGUUUGUGCACGGUUAGGGUAGGAGGGAGAAUUGAAAUUAUGGAUACAGGUGAGAGUUCAUCUGAAAACUGGUAAGAGAUGUUGUUGAUUAGAUUUACUGUAAAGAAAUAACACUUAGGUGUACCAGGCAGAGUUCACGUUGAUUGGAUGUAUUAUAAAAAGUUUGUUCUUGAGUGGAGAGAACUGCUGGUUGUUUAGAUGACUGGAGAACAUUGCUGCUUGAUUGGAAGAUGUGGGAGUGUUGGUGGUCAGCUGGAGGAUCCAGAGAGAGUUAGUUGGUGAUUGGUUGAAGGACCUGGAGAGAGUUGAUUGAAAGACCUAGGGAGAGUUGGUGUUGUUUAGAGGUCAUGUGGAGAGUUAGUUGCAUAAUUAAGGGCCCUGGAGACAGUUGGGGAUUGGUUGGGUGCCCUGGGCAGGGUUGAUGGUCGGUAGGAAGUCCAGGAUAGAGGUUGGUGUUGGCAACAGGUCCAGGGGAGAUUUGGUGGCUGACUGGGGAAUGGGGAUGGGUUGAUGGACAGUCAGAGGCCCUGGCUAGAGUUACCGGUUGGUGAGAGGACCUGGGAGAGUUGCAUGAGUCCAGUGAGAAGAGUCCAGUUCAUGAGAUGUCUUGGGCUAAAUUCAUGGUUAGAAAGAGACCCAGGGAAAGUUGGUAUUUGGUAAACAGCACAAGGGGAAGGUAAAAUUAUGGAUAUUGGAGACAGUUGGUGUUGGAUUAGGUUGAGGAGAAUUGUUUAUAAGGAGAUGUGCUGGUUCAUUGAUGGGUUGAAUUGAUGAAUUGAUGGUUAUUCUGGGGAGGAUGUAAUUAGCUGGAGGUUUUGAGGAUGAUUGCUGGUUGUUGAAGUUCUAGGCAUCUGGUGGAGGAUAUUUGGAGAUUGGUUAUAGAUGACAGGCUGAGAGUGGAUGCUGAUUGGCUGGUAGGCUGGCAUUGGAAGAGAGUAGGUGAUCAUUUAGGGGCAUUUAUGGUAAAGUUAUUGUGUGGACAGGCUGUAGGGACAGCUGGUAACUUGGGAGGAUUUGGUACUUGGCAGUGAAUAUUGGGGAAAUUUUGAUUAUGCAAGGAAAUUCAGUGGAGAGUUAUUGAUUGGUCAAAGGCUGGAUCUGCAAACAGUUUUUAUUUAUUAUGACACAACUGGGAGCUAUUAAUAUUACUAAAAUGCUUUUGUUAUUCGUACAAUGAAGGAUUUACUUUGCACAUGGUUGGAAGUUUAGGAAUGUCAUUUUCAAGUGUUCUGAUGCAGUGUGUGGGAUUUAGGAUCUACUUUGGAACUUGUAAGGAGGUGAUAUGUGUCUCAGUAAACAAGUGCUGAAUGUGUUUUGUGGGCUUCCCUGUCCUCUCCAUACAGUGAAUUGUUGACAUGGAAAGUCCAAUAAUACUAUUGAGGCACUCAUUUUGUUUCUCGAAAUGGAGACACAUGACACUGCAUCGGCUAGAACCUGAAGCACACAUGAAACUCUGAAGGAACUCUGCAGGUUAGGCAACUUCAAAGGAUGAAAUGUCAACUGUCUGUUUCCACUCAUAGAUGCUGCCUGACCUGCUGAAUUUCUCCAGUGUUUUGUAUGUUACACACUUUCUCAAGCUUGCUUAUUCCCUGUUUCCAUUCACUCACACUGGAGUCUGCUUUGGUUGACAGGGUGCUGGAUUUUCACGGUCAUUUAUGUGAAAUCUUCCUGGUUCCGCCCCAAGUUUCCUGUACUGAGAUGGAUGCUCCCAACCAAAGCAUGCCCAGGGCAGAGCAGUUAAUCACCUGCUCCUCCAUCGGGAUUCUUGGCAUUGCCUUGGGUACUUAGUCAGGUAACCUCCACUGUUGAUGGCCACGCUCCUUCAUAAAGUGCCCUCUUUGCCGAGGGAAUGAAGGAAGCAAGGGAAAUGGAAAGGAAAAGGAGGCAUGCCUGAGGAAAUUUGCCUCCUGUGAAUAAUAGUGGCUGAUGGACAAUGCGGAGGAUUGACAUAUGGGGAAGGGGCAAUUGGGGUCAGAAUGAGGGUUAUGGUGAGGAGUACAGUAGGAUUUACAUUGUUGGUUAGGACUGGUAGGACAGGGCAGCAUGGUAGCAUAGCUGUUACUGUUAUGGCGCCAGUGACCCAGAACUGAUUCUCACCACGGUCUGUAAGCAAGUUGGACAUUCUCCCCAUGACUAUGUGAGUUUCCUCCGGGUGCUGUGGUUGCCUUCUACAUUCUAAGGACUUGCGGGUUUUAGCUUAAUUGGACACAUGGGCUCAUUGGGCUGGAAGGGCUCGAUACUCUGCAGUAUCUUUAAAUAAGUACAAGUGCAUUGUUUUGUAUUGAUGAGGGAUAUUGGAAAAGUUUCGGAAAUCAACCACAACCGUGUUAAGAGACUAUGCUGGUGGACUGGGUUAGAGUUUUACUUCUUACAAAUAUGGGUGUAAACCUCUUGCCCAUUGAGGUAUAUUUCAAGCAAAAUUCAGACUGAAGUUGGUUCACUUGGAUCUCGCUCUCUCCCAGUGCAGGAGUGGAGUGGGAGUAGUAGUGGUCAGCAUAAGGUUUUGCAACGUGUGUGGGCUCAGUUCCAUUGCUGUCUGUAAGGAGUUUAUACUUUCUCCCUGUGAUCGUGUGGGUUUCCUCCAGGUGCUCCGAUUUCCUCCCACAUUCUAAAGGUGCACUGGUCAGUAGGUUUAUUGGCUGUUAUAAAUUGUGUUGUGGUUAGGCUAGGGUUAAAAAGGUGGGUUGCUGAGAGGUGCAGCUCAUUGGGCAGCAGGACCUGUUCCGCACUGUGCCUCUAAAUAAAUAAAUGGUAUUUGCACACCUUUCCUUAAGGCAAAAAGGCCACUCAGUUAUCCUGCACAUGGACCAGGAACCGUGUAAUCAACUACAACUACUUCAUGUACGAGGGUUAGAAGUACUUUCUAUAGCGCAGCACACACAGAAUGCUGGAGGAACUCAGCAAGUCGGGCAGCGUCUAUACAGUCGAUAUUUCAGGCCGAGACCUUUCAUCAGGACUUAACUGUUCGUGAUGAAGGGUCUCGGCCCAAAAUGCUGAUUGUUAGUUCCUCUCCUUAGAUGUUGCCUGGUUUACCGAGUUCUUCCAGCAUUUUAUAUGUGUUGUUCAAGAUUUCCAGCUUCUGCAGAACGCCUUGUUUUCUAUAGUGCAGUGUUAAUGAAGCCUUUCCAAAGUCAACAAAAUGCCCUUCGACUUACGUUUUUUUCUCUCCAGUAAUCUCAGCUCCGGCAUCAACUGAAGUCCAAGGAUGCCUCCUGCAGUUGGAGGACCGCAGGAGUACACCCCACCAGAUGGCGGAUGGGGAUGGGCCGUGGUGUUCGGAUCCUUUAUCUCCAUUGGUUUCUCCUACGCUUUUCCUAAAGCCAUAACGGUCUUCUUCAAGGAAAUCAAAGAGAUCUUUAAUUCCACUGACAGCCAGGUUUCCUGGAUCUCUUCUAUAAUGCUGGCGGUGAUGUACGCUGGUGGCCCUAUCAGCAGUAUCCUGGUGAACAGGUAUGGAAGUCGGCCAGUGGUGCUACUGGGUGGACUGCUGGCGAGCUUGGGCAUGAUCAUCGCUUUCUUUUGCAACAGUAUUGUGGAGCUUUACUUCUGCAUUGGAGUAAUUGGAGGUCUCGGACUUGCAUUCAACUUGCAACCAGCACUGACCAUUAUUGGGAAGUACUUCUACAAGAAACGUCCUCUGGCUAAUGGGCUAGCCAUGGCUGGCAGCCCGGUGGUCCUCAGCACCCUGGCACCUCUCAACCAAUACCUUUAUGACAAUUACUCGUGGAAAGGAGGCUUCCUGAUCCUGGGUGGGAUCCUGCUGAACUGCUGUGUGGCCGGUUCACUCAUGCGCCCCAUUGGCCUCCCGGCGACCAACACCCCGAAAGUAUCUGGGAGCGUCAAACAAGAAGAGGGAGUAAAUUCUGACCUUCUGAAAAAAGAGCCAGAACCAAAGCUCAGUGUCUUCCAAACCAUCAACAAGUACCUGGAUCUGUCGUUGUUUAAGCACAGGGGUUUCCUGAUCUACUUGUCCGGCAAUGUCAUCAUGUUUUUCGGUCUGUUUGCCCCUCUGGUAUUCUUAUCUUCCUAUGCCAAAAACAUGGGCAUUGAUGAGUAUAAAGCAGCUUUCCUGCUCUCCAUCCUGGCCUUUGUGGACAUGUUUGCCCGGCCAUCCAUGGGAUUUGUAGCCAACACCAAGUGGGUGAGACCAAAGGUCCAGUACUUCUUCUCUUUCUCUGUGCUGUACAAUGGUAUCUGCCACGUCUUGAUGCCCUUGGCGACUGACUACACCGGUCUGGUCAUAUACACCAUCUUCUUCGGUUUUGCCUUCGGCAUGCUGAGCGCCGUCCUGUUCGAGACGUUGAUGGACCUGGUGGGGGCACAGAGGUUCUCCAGUGCAGUGGGGCUGGUCACCAUUGUAGAGUGCUGCCCUGUGCUAUUAGGACCUCCUGUUCUAGGAAAGCUGAAGGACACGUAUGAUGCCUUUCACUACGUGUACAUAGCCUGUGGAGUGGUUUUGAUCGUCGCGAGCAUCUACCUGUUCAUUGGCAAUGCAGUGAAUUACUGGCUGCUGGAGAAAGAGAGGCAAGAGGAAGAGCGGAAGUCAAAACAUGAAGCAACAAUUGACCUGAAUGAGACCAAACUGGACAUUUUAAACGCAAGCCCAGCUUUCCAAGAUGCAGGUGGAGAUUCGGACACAGUUAUUUGAGGGUGGGAAGCAUUCUGUUUGUUUUUUUACAAUUUGAUUACCUUGGAGUCCUGCCAGUUUUCACCGCACCCCCCACACUCUUUCACACCUGGGCUUCUGGAGUGAUUGCUGGCAAGUUAAAGUUAGCGAAUAUUUAUUAUUGGGGCAUAAUCACCAGUAAUCUCCUUCCCCACCCUUCUUCACUUCUCCCCCUUCUUGUCAACAGUUCUUCUCAUCCUAGGAUGCCAAGCUCCUCAUACUGGAGUCUCCAGGAAUUAAAGAUAUAUUUCCUGUACUCAAUUCAGAACAAUCUUGGGAGUCAAAGACAAAAAUGACUGCAGAAUUAGAACAAUUUUAUGUGAUUGUAGACAUGUAAAAAAUGGCCGUGUUGUAAAGAUAAAAGAUUAGCUUUAUUUAUCACAUCUACAUCGAAAUGUACGGUGAAAAGUGCCAUUUGCGUCAACAACUAACGCAGUUCAAGGAUGAGCUGCAGACCGACCACAAGUGGCUCCAUGAUGGGUGAUCAAGAGGUUGUGUGUUGAAAUCUGUCAUAUUGUAUCUGGCAUCCUUAGGGAGAAUGAAAUGGAGGGCGUGUAAUGAUGUGACAAAGGUGCUGAUCCAGCUAACUUGUCCUUAAUAACUUGGGCAUUACCACGUAAUUGAUCCCAUAAGGCUUUGAGAACUUUGAGAGACACAACAACCAGGCCGAUUUGAUGAUGGGGUGGAAGGAGGGGGAGCAUUGAUAUCAAGGAAGUAGCGCUCUUUUUAAAGUCCUUCCACCCGAGCUCUACUUAGCAUCUAGAAAUUAACCUAAAUACUAUGCUACUAUGUUGCACUCAUAGUCUUGUUUUACCAUUCAUCCCUUGCCUCUAGAGUUGUGGAUAUUUCGAAAUGUGAGGCAGGUUCCACUUACUGGCUCAUAUAUUGUGUGAGCUGGCAGCCUUGUCCAAAAGUCCACUAUUUCCCGGGAAUAGAGCCACCUCCUAAAUACCUAACGUGGGCUCUGUGUUAGAACUUCAACCUGGCCCUCUCUGGCAUUAGCAGUGCUGGGAUUUUUCCCAUCCUGUCUCUCCCCGUGUAAGGGUGGGUCAAUAUUAAACCAACCUUAGCACCAGGAACAUUUACAUUAAUAAUUACUAGAAUCUCAAGCCAAAUGCAUGCCUCCCUCUCAUCACUGGAACCUGCCUGUUCAGGCUAUUGGUUGAGAAUGUGGAAAAUGCUGCAGGUUGUGUCUGAAAAUAAGUCUUUGGACAUGUUUAAUAUUAAAUCAGUGUGCCUGAAAAUUAAUCUUUGGACAUGUUUAAUAUCAAACCAGUGUGUCCGGAAAUUUUAACAGAGGGUUCAGCCAGAGUCCAAGGCUGAAGAGAGAGUUCAACCUGUCCUGGGCCUUGAAUCUGUCGGAGUCCAAGGGCAUGAAUUGGAACCAGAUUUCAGGCUGGUGUGGGAAAAGAUGAGGAACACUAGUGUAGAGAAGCUGGUGUGAAGUCUUGGACAGCCUCCUUUUCUUGUUAAGUAAUGAUGCUCUUCUUUAAAUGUUAAAACAUUCACUUCAUUGGAUCAUGGAAUCACAAAACGAUUGAACUUUAUGAGCGUGGAUAUUUUUUCCAAAGUUUACUCACUGAUUAUCUGUAGGACUUUAUUCUUUGUUCUGGCUGGAUAUGCAGUUGAAGCCCCGGGAUUUUUAGGUCACUGCCAAGAACACUAUGUUGCAUGGAAUUUAUGAAGAAUCCAUGGAACAGGUUUAGCUCAAACAACCUAUGUUGGUGUUUGUGCUUCCACUCGACCUAGCCCAACUUCAAACUUACCAGCAUAUCCUUCAAUUCAUUCCUCCCUUGCUUUCUUAGCUGAGUUUUCCCAUAUAUACAUAUAUGCUUUUGUUACCAUCUUCUGCCUGCAGCAUUAAGUUCUGACCAUACUCUGGAUAAAGAAAUCUCUUCUGAGUUCACUAUUUGGUUUGAUAGAGUCCAGCCUUGAUUUUGAUGUCUCGCACAGUAAAAAAAAGACACAUCUCCAUAUCUAUUUUAGUAUGGAUUUGUUGGGCUGAAUGGCCUCCUGUGCCUUAAUACAUUACUUCAUGAGUGCAACCCCUGUUGGAAUUGUGAAGACGAAGGGUUUAUCAGCUCUCUUCUAAGAAAACAGUCUUUCUUGAUAGAAAUAGCCAUCCAAUUAUGUUAGUGAGAUUUUUGUAAAUAGUGGCACUUCUGCAAUUAUUCUCUAUCCUUUUGUGUAAUAAGGAGAUCAAAGUACUUCCAUUUGCCAUCCAUUCAAGCUUCCACAUAUUUAAUAUAAUAAUAGCAUUAUAGAGCUGUACAGAACAGAAACAGCCACCUCAGACCACCAGUUCAAUGCUCUCUCUUUUAUCCAUUGCACUAAUCCCAUUUGUCCGCAUUAGGACUGUGUCGUUUUACACCUUGCCUAUUUAAGUGCCUGCCUAAAUGUUGUUUAAGUGGAGUGAUUUUAUCUAAUUCCACCACCUCCUGUGAUAAAGAAUUCCAGAUUUCAAUCACGCUCACUUUCUCCUCAAAUCCUCUUUAAAAUUCUUUCCUCUCGCCUUAAACUUAGAUUAGAUUAUGAGAACACUCAGUCCUCUUUUAUUGUCAUUUAGAAAUUUAUACAUGCAUUAAGAAAUGAUACAAUGUUUCUCCGGAGUGAUAUCACAGAAAACAAGACAGACCAAAGACUAACACUGACAGAACCACAUAAUUAUAACAUAUAGUUACAGCAGUGCAAAGCAAUACCAUAAUUUGAUAAAGAACAGACCACAGACACAGUAAAAAAAAGUCUCAAAGUCCCCGAGUCGAUCGACUCCCAAGUCCCUCGUAGCAGGCGGCAAAAGGGAGAAACUUCCUGCCAUAAACCUCCAGGCACCGUCAACUUGCCGAUGCCUUGGAAGCAGCCGACCCCAGCCAUCCAUCCAUCCAAAAACUCCGAGCUUCCGAGCAGCCUCUCCGAUACAGCCUCCCAAGUGCCAUCCUCUGCUGAGCGCCUUCGACCUCUCCCUGGCCACUGAAACACGCAAAGCCGAGGAUUUCGAGGCCUUCAGCUCCGGAGAUUCCGGUUACCACACAGUAGCAGCGGUAGCAAAGCAGACAUUUCAGAAGUUUUCCAGAUGUUCCGCUGUGCUCUCACGUCUGUCUCCAUCAAAUCAGGAUUGUGCACUUAUGCCGUCUUGGUUUUAAUAACCCUGUCUUGGGAAAAUGAUUCUUAAUAUCCGUCCCUUAUAAUUGUAUAAACCGCUAUCUAGUUAUUCCUUAGCCUCUUUCCCUCCUGGGUUACCCAAUCCCUCCAUAAAACUAAAGUCUUCCAAUUCAAGCAAUGUCUUGGUGAAUCUCUGUUUUUGUAAUUAUUUUCCUCUGGAGGUGAAUUGCACCAUUGAUGGUAAGCCUAUCAUCAUCAUUGCUCAACCUUAACUGGGUUGUAGGUAGUGAGCUGCCUCCUAGAACCUCCACUGCCUCUGGCAAAGGUGCUCCACAGUAGUUCAGCAGCAAGUUCCAGGAUUUCAGCCAGUGAGGACCGGGAGCAGCUGUUCUAUUUUGUCAGUGUUGUUUGUACCUUGGAGUGGAAUUUGUAUCUCUCCUUGUCUUCUUAUUACUGAAAGUUGCACAUUUCAGGAGUGCUGUCACAGAAGCAUUUUAUGAAAGUCCCAACAACUACUGACGUUAGAAAUCCAAAAUAAAAAGUGAAGAUGCUGGAGUAACACACGCAAAAUGCAGGAGGAACACAGCAGAUCAGGCAGCAUUAGUGGAAAGGAAUAAAGAGCUGACGUUUCGGGCCGAAGCAACCUCACUCUGAAACAUCGGCUCAUUAUUCUUUGCCAUAGAUGCUGCCUGACUUGCUGACUUCCAUCAGCAUUUUGUGUGUGUUACAAUGGACUUACAAAUCUCUUGUGUUUAGAAAAUGGUGGAAAUGUUCAGCAGGUUAGACUGCAGCUGAGGGAAAAGAAAUCAAUUUAAUGUUUUCAGUGGAAUGUCCUUCAUUGGAACUGGGACGGUAAGAAAAGAAGUCCAAUAAGCUGCAGAGAUGGUAGGGUGGUGUGGGGGGGGGGGCGGCAGAGAGGGGGGAGUCUCGUAGGGUAAAAUCAGGGUGACCAGCAGAAUAAGACACAAGCAGAAUUAUCAGGUCAGUGAGUGGUUGGCAGCAGCUGGAGAGUGAGAAUGUAGGGAAAAGAAUGUGCAAGCUGUUAAACUCCGAGCAGGAGGAUGUGCCUGGCAGGUCAUGCUGGGCAUGUUUUCCACUCCUAGAAGGGGAGAAGGAACAAACAGGCUGAGAUCAAUAUCUGACGAGUGGCUUCCUUACAGUGAAGUUGCACUUUAUAUUUAAUACAUGCUGUAGCUAUGGUAUGUUAAGUGGUGGAGGCUAUGAAUAGUUAAGAUGUAGAUCAAGUGGGCUGCUCUGUCCUGGAUAGUUUUGAGUUCUUGGUGGUUAAUGUUGCACCUUCCAGUCAAAUCUGUUGUCCUUUUGCCUUGUGCCUUGUAGGUAAUAGGAAUGCUUUGUCUCAGGGCUCUCAGCCCCUCCUUCUCUAUUGUCUUACCCCUUUACUGCUAGGAUUUGUGCCGUUUCAGACUUUAUUAUCUAAGGUUUUUCUUAACCUUGUUGUACACUAGAGUAGAAGUAUUUGUCGUUAUGCCCAAUGACACCAGAAACUCAACCCUACCCACACUCCAUCCCAUUAUUUAUGUCACAUUCCGUGCUUCUGUUAUUUGUAUCCCAUAUCUCCUGUUUUUAAAAAUGAUCUCGGCUCUAUGGCAUUUCUUUCUGUGUGCCAAAGCUUUUACAACGGUUUUCCAUUUCUCUGUGCGAUGUUUGGCUCCAUGUGUUGGGAGGUCAGUGUAUCUGCACGUCUUGAAGCUGUGAUUGGUCCAGUAACCUGGUGCUCUGAAUGGUUUGACAUCAUAGAUAGAUCAUUGGUUUGGCUGGCCUGAUGCUUUAGUGAGGAAUGUGAAUUCUCUACCUCAUUUUCUCAAACACAAAGCCAGAAGCCACUGCUUUGGUAUUUCAGAGGCGCAGUUUCUAUAUUCAGUGUGAGCUAUUGUUACGGGUUCAUUGAACGUUUUGUCCAAUAUUUCAAUUUGUAAAAAUCAAAAUGAAGAUUAUAUUUUCGUCUUCGCCUUCAUGUAACAUGAGUUGAAUGUGAAAUAAACAAUGUGAUGUUGAACUUGUUGGUACUCUGUGCAGAUCCAUGCAUGCUGUUCAAAGGAAAAAUAUUAAGUGUGUAAGUCAGUAAUUAUAAUUGCAAAGGCUUAAAAAGUUUUGACAAAACUAGCAAAUGUUAAUAACAUUUCCUAAUACCCCCUCGAGGUUAAAUAGAGACAUUGUUUCAACUUGUUUGUCAUGAAAUUGCUGAUGUUGGGACACAGAUAACCCUCGUAAGAAGAACAAAGGAAUAUUCUCUUUGCUACUAAUGGCGCCUCCCCGCCUAUUUUUCCACUGCAGAGAAUUUGUCUACAACAGCUCACCAACCCCUUCUCUUUUCCUCUCUUUUCUUUCCACUUUUUCUCCUUCACUUUCUUAUCCUCUGCCUUUCAUCACCAGCACCAUUCUUGUCCAGAGUUACACAGAGACAACCCAUUUUGUGCCUUACAUCCAUGGGACCAUACUGAGCGUAAUUUCUGCAACAGGGCCUGUUUUCACAUACACUGGCCAUUAGCUUGAUACUUCACCUCCAGGAGCACAGGCAAUGAGGAACCAGCCACAAAUAGGUAAGCGUUUGAAGUCUGUAAAUACUUGAAAAUGGAAUUAUGAGUUCCAGGAGUUUCUCCUCUCCUGCCUUUUGUUAUCUUCAGCCUGAAUUGAUAUCUUUUGUCCCACGUUUUCCGAUUUCCUUCUCCCAAUUCCACCCUGGCCCAACUUUGUCCAGCCUAAGACUACUGCCAGGAUCCCAAGCUUCAAUUUCUUUAAAGCAGCACUGUGACUAAAUUACUGCACGUGUAUUCAGAGGACUGACUUAAAUGUAUUAUCCGUCAGAGCGGAUGGGCAAUUUAAAUUCAGCCUGUUAAAUAAAUCUGUGUCUGGAAUAAAAAAAAUCUCAGAGAUGACUAGACUGUUUUUAAAAGUCUGACCAGUGUACUAAUGCUCUUGAAAGAUGGAAGUCUGCUGACCUGGCCUGGUUUGGUUAAUGUCCGACUCCAGAUCUAUCUCCAGCUGUUAACCGCUUCUGAAAUGAAUUGGUAAACCUCUUACUUCAGAAGUCAUUUAGAAUGGGCAAUGUUUGUCCAUGAAUGAAUGAGAAAAAAACCCACCUGAUAACCAAAAUUGGAUGUGGCUGGGUUAACAUUCCUCAUUCCUGUCCAGAAUGCAGAUCUUUGGGCUGAUGUUAAUCGGCACAAAUUGAACCUGGAAUAUGUUACAGUUAUCUGCUACUAUUUUAGUGUUCGCUAUAUUUUAGAAGGACCUCACAUUCUGCUUCUGAAAUCCUGACAGGCUGUGGUAAAUGGCUCUGUAAGCCAACGAUGGCAAGCAAUUGACAGUAGACUGGAGCCCUGAAUUCAUACCAGCUCAAGCUCUGCUCUCCCUCAUUGUGAGCCUGUUGAAAGGGAUUUGCCAAUGGCACAAGUUAACUUCUCAUUAGAACAUCUAUUGAGUUAAUCUCUUAGCUCCAACUGGUGGCAGCAGAGAGAAUAAAUGUUACUGUAAUGAGCUCUUUGGGCCUGUACCAGAAGCCGGAGAGGGUUGGGUACCAAGGUUUUUAGAGCACCUGAACUGAGGUCUCAUUAGGACAACAAGCUGUUUACAGUUUCCCUGUGUUGUGCAUUACAUGCAUUUAGAAUUAUAUUUUAUUUACUUAUCUAUGAUAAUAUUUUGGUUCAUGUGAGGUAUUUGAUGUGUUUUGUGCGUGCACUGAGGUCCAGAGGAAUGUUGUUUCGUUUGGUUGUAUGUCUGUGCACCUCCAGGAGGUCCACAACCUUGUAGGGAUCGGAGGCUCGUGUCUCUCAGUAACCUGGAGAGCUAUGUUGGCUGGAGUCAAGACCUUGUCCUUCGGCUCUUGGUAGGGUCACCUAUGCCAAACAGGUCAAAGUGUAGAAGCCAGACUAAGAGUGGUCCAUGGGUCCUCCAGCUUCAGGGGUUCAGCUCAGUGUUAGCAACCCUGACUGGUAAAACAAAACUGUUCGGAAACAGCAAUGAAGAAUCCUUCUAUAUCUGAGUGCAGUGGUAUUCUUGAGUCUCUACCCGGGACUUGCCUGACUGACGGGAGUGAAAACUGAACUGCUGACACGAUGAAGGAAGUCCUGAACACCCCAAGUGAUGGAGGACCUUCAUUGCUGCCCAUUCAAUAAAAGAAGAGUGAAGAUCAAAUGUCAAUUAAUAUCUGAAAGUCAUUGGAAAAGUCUCUCCUCUCACUGAGUGGCACUUCUCCGCCCCCUUAUUUAGGGAGAGGCAGAGCCUGUGGUAUGUCGAAUUGUCAGGUGAGUGAUUAGUUUUUGUGGGUG